AAGGAAGCGAGCGCGCACACACACACAGCGCCCCCACCCUCCACCCACCUGCGCCGCCCCCCCCUCCCUCCUCCAUCCCUCAACUUUACGCGAUGUUCUAGUCCCCGUACAUCGAGCGCUCUUAACAACAAGAGAUAUCUAUGUUCGUGUCGAUGUGGAUCCUAAUGGAAGCCGUUGGUUUUUGAGAAGCCGGUGAAGGGAGACCCCCCCCCCUCCCCUCCCUCUCCGCCACCACCUCCUCAAUUGUGUCCUGCGCCAAGAACGGCAAAGACAUGGUCAGCACACGGCAUCUGUGAUGAACAGCAAGCAGUGAGUGAACUUUCCAGAGGAUGCUCCUGAUCCGCGGGGCUCAGUGUUGAGCGAGGUACGCAGAGCCGCCCGGCGCCCCCGACAUGUCGCACCACCAAUACUACCAGAGAGGCGUCCACGGCCGCACCAUGAGCACUGAGGAGAGGAGCUCGCCGCCGGUCCUCAAGUCCUCCACGCCGGUUCACAAGAGCGCCUCCUCCUCGUCCUCUUCCCAGCGCGACAGUCGGCAGGAGGCAGACAGCUGGGAAAUCAUUGAGGGGCUGAAAAUCGGCCAGAGCAACGUGCAGCGGCCCGAUAAACACGAGGGUUUCAUGUUGAAGAAGCGGAAAUGGCCCCUGAAAGGUUGGCACAAGCGUUUUUUUGUCCUGGACAAUGGUAUCCUGAAGUACUCCAAGUCCCCCAUUGAUAUCCAAAAGGGCAAACUUCACGGCAGCAUCGACGUCGGCCUCUCCGUCAUGUCCAUCAAGAAGAGGGCGCGUCGCAUCGACCUGGACACCGAGGAGCAUAUCUAUCACCUGAAGGUCAAAUCUCAAGACAUCUUCGACGCCUGGGUGUCCAAGUUACGUCACCACCGGCUCUACCGGCAGAACGAGAUCGUGAGAUCUCCUCGGGAAGCCACCAUGCGGACGUUUCCUCCCCCGGCUGCCAAGGAGUCUCCAAAACCUGCUCCGAGCGAGGUGCGCGAAGCCAAGGCCAAGCCCAGCAGUUUGCCGUGGCAGCCGGUGGCCCCCAGUAGCAACAGCAGCCUGCCGGCCUCCUACAGUAACGGCCAGAGCAAGGUGGUCGCCUGGCUGCAGGAAUCGGAGGAGAUGGACAAGUGCGCAGAGGAGCUCGCUCGAUGUCAGUCCAAUCUGACUGAGCUGAGCCGGCUGUUGCAGAGUUUGGAGAUUCUACAAAGGACACAGUCAGCGCCCAACUUCACAGAUAUGCAGACCAAUUGUGUAGAAAUGUCAAAGAAAGAAAAGCGCUUGAACAGAAGAUGGAGAACAAAAAGUGUCGGCAAAGAUGCAAAAUUCCAGCUUCAGGUCCCUCUGUCUGCCAGCAUGUCCCCCGUCCGUCUCCACUCAUCCAACCCCAACCUGUGCGCCGAGCUGGUGGACUUUCAACCCCCCGUCACCCGGCUGACCGACAGCACUGAGUGUGCCAGUGACUACAUCAAACUUCAGGAGGAGUUCUGCACAAUUGCCCAGAAAGUGCACUCGCUGCUGAAGUCGUCCUUCAACACAGUAGCCAUAGAGAAAGAAAAGAUCAAACAGAUUCUGUCUGACCAGGAGCAGUCGGACCAAUCGGCACAGAUCAACUCUCUCCGGAAGUCUCUGUCACAGGCCCUGUCCCAAAAUGCAGAACUUCGAACUCGACUCAACCGCAUCCACUCUGAAUCUGUCCUGACCGAACAAGUUGUCAGCGUGAAUAUCAUCUCCACGCCCGAGGCUGGCGACCAGAUGGGGAUCCCUCUGACCCAGCAGGCCUCUAAUGAGAGCCGACUGUCCAUGUCGGAGUCCGUCUCCGAGUUCUUUGAUGCCCAGGAAGUGCUUCUGUCAGCCAGCUCGUCAGAGAAUGAGGGCUCAGACGAUGAGUCAUACGUCAGCGAUGUGAGCGAUAACAUUUCAGAGGACAACGCCAGUGUGACCGAUAACGUCUCCAGACAAAUGGCCAACGGAGACUUUGCCGGCAGCGCCUUCCGCAACGGCCGGCGGAGCUGCCUGCCGGCGCCGUGUCCCGACACCAGCAACAUCAACCUCUGGAACAUCUUGAGGAACAACAUCGGCAAGGACCUGUCCAAAGUGUCCAUGCCCGUGGAGCUCAACGAGCCCCUCAACACCUUGCAGCGCAUGUGCGAAGAGCUGGAGUACAGCGAGCUGCUGGACAAGGCUGCCGAGACCGAGGACCCCUUGGAGCGCAUGGUUGUCGUCGCCGCUUUCGCCGUCUCCGGCUACUCGUCCACUUACUACAGAGCAGGAAGUAAGCCAUUCAACCCGCUCCUCGGAGAGAGCUACGAAUGUAUCCGGGAGGACAAGGGCUUUUGUUUUUUCUCCGAACAGGUGAGCCACCAUCCUCCCAUCUCUGCCUGCCACUGCGAGUCGAAGAACUUCACCUUCUGGCAAGAUGUGAGAUGGAAAAACAAGUUCUGGGGAAAAUCCAUGGAGGUAUUACCAAUCGGGACCGUGAAUCUCAUGAUUCCCAGGUUUGGAGAUCAAUACGAAUGGAACAAAGUCACCACCUGUGUGCACAACAUCCUCAGUGGACAACGGUGGAUCGAACACUACGGGGAGAUCACCAUCAGAAACACAAAGAGCAGCGCUUGCCUCUGCAAACUGACUUUCGUCAAGGGAAAUUACUGGAGCUCUAAUGUGAACGAGGUUCAAGGAUUCGUGAUGGACCAGGAAGGGAAAGUGGUCCACAGGCUUUUUGGAAAAUGGCACGAGGGUCUUUACUGUGGAGUCCCGCCCUCUGCCAAAUGCAUCUGGAGGCCUGGCUCCAUGCCGACAGACUACGAGCUGUACUACGGCUUCACCAGGUUCGCCAUAGAAUUGAAUGAGCUUUGCCCCGAGUUGAAAGACGUUCUGCCCCGAACAGACGCCCGAUUCAGGCCUGAUCAAAGGCAUCUGGAGGAGGGGAACUUGGAGAUGGCGUCCUCCGAGAAGCAGCGCAUCGAAGACCUGCAGAGAGUCCGCCGAAAGUGUAACGACGAGAACAACGUCAAGCUGGAACCCCGCUUCUUCAAGAAAGUGGUCGACGGCAAUCACAGGGAGCGGUGGGUCUCCAACAACACGUACUGGGAGCUUCGCAAAAACCCCGGCUUCAUCAAUAUGGAAUCCACUAUGAACCUGUGGUAGCACACGGAUGUGCCACGUGCAUCAUGCCUGAUGAAAAGACGGCCGUUGACAACGCACAAAAGGUGUUGAGAGAAAUGUGUCACAAUGAAACAUCCGCUCGCAGUGACGCGAGCGGCUGCGAGGCCGAGGGGGGGGGGGGCGUCGGCCUGAUCGGGGGUCCUGCGGCAUCCGACCAUGGAAACAUCCUGUAGGAUCACCUUCAGUGUGAUUGUGGAAGUCGGGUUGUCGGGGCAACAAUCACAUCACUCCCAUGUAGAUCUUUCCUCAGCUCCUUUUGACUCCUGAGUAUGUCCUUGCCUUAAAAAGACACCCCGUGCAAGUCACAUGAUUUAACGCUCUUUACGUUGAAGCCGUUUGAUUUGAGCCACGGUUUGGCUUAGACUAGUCUACAAAGAAGACCUUUCGAUUACCUACGGUACCUAUUUGCAUGUUUAGAGAGCAGCUUUCACUGGCCUAUAGCCGCAUUUAGUAUAUCAUCAAUCAUCAUAGAAAAAAAGGUAUUUUUAUAAAAUAUCUUGGACUCAGACAUGAAAUGGCGUUAUGUGAAUUUGCAGAUUUUAUUUAUUCUUGCUUUUUUUAAUAUGGUUGAAUUUGUGUGAUAGCAGUACUCUCUCGGGAAACCACUCAUUUAAAAUGAAUCUCGACUGCAGCAGAGUCGGUGUGGCGACCACAGAUGGAAUUUUUAAUUAAUAUUUUCAAACAGCGUCUCUCGAAGCAGAUCGCGCUUGUUGAAGGAGAAGAUGAUAUUGGAGUCCACAUAAUGUAAAUCCUAUUACAGCAGUUUGGACAUAUGAUGCAGAAGACACCUUGGACAUUUCCCAAAAAUGUUUUCUUUUUGUCUGCACAGAUUGGUUGUGGACUUUUGGUCUCUCUCUGUAACUAGAGGGUCAACCUCACCAGCACACCCCAACUCCAAUGUCUAAUUUUAAACAUUGUUCCGUGAAACCACAUCGCCUGAAUCACAUGGUUACAUAAAGACACACGUAACUCCCUCCGUAUACAGCAGGCACGCUGUAUAUAAUGGACUCUGGAACAUAAAACACUUCUAAAUCAGAGGUCGGAGAGAAGAUGGUGCAGUAGGUCCAUAAACCCAGAGAGACACUUUAAAAAUAGACGUGACAGUGAAACAGGAGGAAACCAGUCCGUUAUUUCCAGGAUGAGGCUAAAAACUCUUCUACAUUCUAUAUCCAAAUACACAAAGCACUCUUUUUUUAUUUGUAUUUUGUCAACUAAUCAUUUAUUUAUAGUAGUAAUGGAGGUAAUGAAAAAUUUCCAUCAUAGUGUACUGAAGCAUUAUUUUUAAUCUAAAUUCUUCAAAAUGUAAAAUGAGAUGAAAACAAAAACCAAGAAAAGAAAACAACUUUUACCAGCAAGCAUCUGGUAUUUGUGGUGAUUCCUCUCCUACUUUCUAAUCAGCCACCAAAAUAUGACUGCAUUUUCUUUUGAUUAAUAAAUUAAUCUAAUUUUGUCAGCAAAUCCAAAACGCAUUCAUCGGAAAGUAGUUAUUGAUGAGUUAACCACCAGAGCCACCUGCUGGUCGCGCCGGGAACGUGCGCGUCAGAAUUGUGUCGCUUGGAUGUUUAAAGCCAAACAAGUUUAUAAAGUAACAAUUUUUACAGUUCUAGAAUCCAAAUGUGUGUGAUUUCCUCAGAGACGCUACUGCGCCUUCCUGGACUUCCACACAGCAUCAGUCCCCUAUUCAACGUUCGUGUAUUUAUUGCAAAGCAGAUUGGAUUAUUGUCCCUUUUUUUCGUUAGUUAGAAAAACACAACAGAAAAUCAACAGAAGCAAAAAAGAGAAAAUAUUAAUGUGGAGCAAAUCCAUCCUGAAUCAACUGGUUCUGUAGAUUAGAAACCCAAAACGUAGAACUGCUUUGCACACAAUUCCUUUUUCUUUUUUUUAUGUACUUCAGUUCUUAUUUUGAUCCCAGAUCAUUAACUUAAAGCUAGAACGUUUUGUCAGCUUCACUUGCUGUGCCUUAAUGCAUUUAUUAAUGCCUCACAACCACCACUGAUGAGAACCCCCGCGCAAAGAAGGUAUGCCAUUAGCGAGCGGCGAACGCCACCCCCCUCCCGAUGACGACGCGUCGCACACAAAGUGACUAAACGUCUCGUCUUUGACUGUAAAAAGCGUGCGGAUGCUCUGCGACUCCAACCUCCAACACAGGUUGGUUAUCACUGUAAAUACAGCACAUUUAGAAGAUGGGUCGCUACUUAAAAACCCUUUUCCUCUUACAUCAAUGACAUUGUGUUUUUUAAAUUUUUUUGAAAAACAAGACUGAAUCCCAGCAGGUGUGUGAAGAGGUAACAGCGACGCUUCGUAGUGGUCUGACUGAAUUGAAAAAAAAUAACCAUGGAUACUUCUUCUACGUGCUUUCUCCAUCUACUGUUGCACCUGCAUGUCUAGGCAACUUAGCCUGCCAAUCAAUAUUGCAGAUGCCUUACCAAAAAGAAAAAAGAAAUAGGUUUUGUGUUUGUUCAAUUGGACGUUUUCUGUUGCUUUGGACUGACAUGUAUCCCGAAGCACCGUGUCAGCUCCUUCGUUCAAAUCGUUUUCCGAUGGGGUACCUUCUAAAGUGCAAUUUUAACAAAGUACAUAUCUUUCCAUGAACACUGUACACUGCUGCUACAUAGUGCUUGUUCUAAUAAAACUGUAAAACUCA